GCCUUCCCCGGCCCCGCCGCUCCGGCCCUGCCGUCGCCCCGCCGUCCCCUCCGCCGUGCUCCCCCCCGGCUCCUGCUGCGGCCAUGCUGGCGGAGCAGGAGAACCAGGAGAACGUGCCCCCGCCGGCGGCCGGCAAAGCCGUGGCGCCGCCGCCCGCCGGCACCCGCGUGGCGCUGGGGCUGCUGCGGGGAGCGCAGCAGCGCGGCGGGAUCCCGCUGCAGGCGGCGCGGGGCGGCUGCGAGGGCCAUGGAGCGGCGGCGGGGCUGCAGCAGCACCAACACCAGCCCUUCUCCAUCCAUGUGGACGAGCCCGACGGGGAGCGGGAGCCGCGGCGGCAGCGGGGCGUCCCGGCGGGGCAGAAGGAGGAGGCGGCAAUGGGGCUGCGUGCGGCCGUGUGUGCCCUGGGCGAGCGGCGGCCCCUGGCUCCCCUGGGCAACGCCAUGGAGCUGAGCUUCGAUUCUCCAAGUAUUAUGGAUAUUUCAAUAACCUCAGAAACAGAAGAGAAAGCACCAAACGUCAAUAAUGUGCCAGACUAUAUCAGUGAAAUCCAUACGUACCUGAGGGAAAUGGAGGUGAAGUGCAAGCCCAAAAUAGGUUACAUGAAGAAGCAACCUGAUAUCACAAACAACAUGCGGGCUAUUCUUGUGGACUGGCUGGUGGAAGUUGGAGAAGAAUACAAAUUACAGAAUGAAACCCUGCACUUAGCUGUAAAUUACAUUGAUAGGUUUCUUUCUUCCAUGUCUGUUUUGAGAGGAAAACUUCAGCUUGUGGGUACUGCAGCUAUGCUGCUCGCAUCAAAGUUUGAAGAGAUCUACCCUCCUGAAGUAGCCGAGUUUGUCUACAUCACAGACGACACCUACACCAAGAAGCAGGUCCUAAGGAUGGAGCACUUAAUUCUGAAGGUUUUGUCAUUUGACUUGGCGGCUCCAACAAUCAACCAGUUCCUCACCCAGUACUUCCUACACCAGCAGACAGAUGCUAAAGUGGAGAGCCUGUCAAUGUACCUGGGAGAGCUGAGUCUAAUUGAUGCUGAUCCUUACCUGAAAUACUUGCCAUCAGUUAUUGCUGCUGCAGCAUUUCAUCUGGCAGAUUACACACUCACUGGACAAACCUGGCCUGAAUCCCUGUGCAAAGUAACUGGCUACACCCUUGAAGACAUCAAGCCUUGCCUCAUAGACCUACACAACACCUACCUCAAAGCAGCCCAGCACACACAACAGUCCAUAAGGGAAAAGUACAAGAGUACCAAGUACCAUGGAGUAUCGCUCAUUGACCCGCCAGACACACUAAACUUAUUGUAAUAAUCAAGAGACUGAUCUUUUUAAGAGAUGUAUAUUACCAGGAAAUGAUGUACAGUUUUAAACAUGGUUCAGAAUUUUAGAUAUGAUCACUCAGAAUAUGAAUACAGGCUUUGAUGACUUCAAUUAUGAAGUUUAGUUUCAUGUGGUUUUAAUGUAAAUCUUUUGUACAUGCAAUCUUGUUAAGAGUUUUAGCUGUGUUUUUAUCAAAAUGUUCUCUUCAGGCACAGAAUUAACCAUGCAGGCCACGUGAAGUCUGAGACUGCUUAUCUAAUUAUAGACUAAAUGUUAAUACUAGCAGUGCAUUAUUAUAGUAGGGCUUUUUCUCCUUCUGAGUAAGAAAGAUUUGGUCUCCACAGAGUAUCAGUAGCAUUUUUAUUCUGUCUAGUUUAAACUGAGACUUAGCAUAGAUCCAAAACGUUGCCUUAAUGGCUGCAAAACUGGAAGAAACUCUAAGGCCACGAGGAGGGCUCCUUGCUGGGACCGACUCAUGAGACUCUUUAGGACGUGCCCCAGUUGCUGUAUAAUGUAGAGCCAGAUCUUCAUCAGGGGAAAGGCUGCAUGCUCUGCUGCAGGGACUGCACAGUUAAAACCCCUGCACCAGUUCAUACCUCGUGCUUCCACUACGCAGAAAAUGGUCUUGCUGUCAGUAUUUGCUGGUCCAAGUGUAAAACUGAUACUAAUCUAAACCCAUGGAAUUCCCACUGAUGUGUUGGCUGUCCCUGAAGUCCAUUGAUGCCUACUGAGAAAAUUAGUCCUCAGUCUGCUUGCCUUGUACCUUUUUAGGGGUGGUGGAGGGGUUAAACUGCAGUGGGUGAACUGCUGCUCUGUGGCCUCAAGAGCAGGGAGUGUCUUCUGACACAGAUGGGCUUCGUGCAGAGCAGCAGGAAUUCCAUACACCCCUCACACUUGGGAGGAGCUCCUCUUUGGCACACAGCAAAAAUGUGCCAUGUUUUUCCUUAGUUCUGGAAUUGUUACGUAAGCAAACUGGCAUUCAAUCAGCAUUAGAUCAAGUGGAUGUUUACCUUCAGCCUGUGUAAAUGGAGUGAUGCUGCCCUGUACCGCUGCUGUUGGCAUGUAAAGCAGCGAGUGCAUGGAAGUGGGCUGAAUUGAGCCAUUUCCAGGUUGGCUAAUAAACACUUUUUGUAUCUGAUGUUAGUGGUCUUGCCAAUAGCUUAAAAUCACUGAGGGGUAGUGCUGUCAUCUUAAACUGGCAUUCAUUUCUAAAGCCUUUUGAAAAGGGCUGCCCUGUGAAACCUCUGCCUCUUCAACUUGGAGUUGGCGCUGUCUCUGGUUAUCUGGGCACCCAGCAGCAUCAACUCCUCCUCACAGAUGUCCAACAGCUGUUAGGGUGUGGGCUAUAUGAAAUAACUUUUUUAAAUUGUCAUGUCUGUCAGGCUUAGCAGCAGCAGUUAAAAAGAACCGUGUCUCAUCUCAGCAGCUACAAAGUUACUACUCUGCCCCCACCCUUGUGCUCCUGCCUGAGCCUUCCCUGAACCACCUCAACUACAAAACCAGUGGUGAUCAAAAUUCUGGUUGAAAUAAGCAGCAGUCUGAAUGAAUUUGGCCAGUCUGAAUGAAUUUGGGACAGCCUGUUUAGUGUAUCAUGUCUGGUGCUUGGGGCUAGAAACACUUUAACCUUGUAGGAAAGGGAGUUGGCAUAGGGAGGAAUGUGUUUUUCACUGUUUGUGACCUUGGAAGGGCAACUGGCAACGCUGACUGGUAGCAAUUACUUGAAGGUUCCAGGCCACAGUGCUCUUCCUGGGAAACUGGGUUCUGCCUUCCCCUUCCUUUCUGUGGUGUAUUCCAAGAGGAAUAUCAACAUUGGAGGGGUAAUUUAAAAGAAGCUUAUGAAGUAUUUUCUCCAGAAAAGGAGCAAGUAGCAGUACUUUAGGUGAAAAGACUUCAGUGGGUUUUAGUAUUAAUUUAGUGCUUAAUCAAAGAGCUGUGCUCAAGUUUCAACAGAAUUUGUUCUCAUAGCAUGGAGAAAAAUUUUUCCAUGCUCCCUGAGCUUUAUCUUCACCAUUAUCAACCCGACUUCCUCUGCAGCCUAACAAAAAGUCUCCAGUCAGGGGCUGGCAUUUCUGCCCAGCAUGACAAUGUUCAUCCUUCCUCAGGGCAGCUCUUACUUCUGCUAUUAAGUGCUAUCUUAUUCCACUUUGUCAUUUUCCAAAGUUAAUAUGGGAGAAUUCCAGCUUUUGCUUCUAAGCCUUGAACAAAAUAUCCCAGGUUGUACUGUACUACUGUUAAGCCUAUCCAGGUUAACUUCUAAUCAUUUCCAACUAAAGGCUCUAAGGAAUAUAGGGAUGUUAUGAGUGAAGAAGGGAGAAACAGCAGUGCAAAAAAUACUGUUCUUUUUUCUGAAGAAGUUUACAGUCUUGUGGUACUACAGAACUAAGAAGGAACUGCAUCUUCCCCCAUUUUUGUACUCAGGACAGUGACUUUGGGUUGGAAGAACUGACACUAAGAAAAUGCACUGGUUUAGUUCCUGGAGAAAAAAGGUUUUGUGCAUUGGUCCCUUCCUGAAAGAGCACAACUUGAUUCAAGCUUUGCCUGGCUGGGAGCAAUGUUAUAUACAUUUGGUUUUUUUUUACAUUAAGUUCUUAACCUGAUUUGGGGAAUGUAAAAUCUGCAACAGUAACUUCUCUCUUGUUCACAGCUCGAGUAACGCUGAGGUCACCUGUAAAAUAGCCCUGCUUCACUCUGUAAAUAUGUGUGUGUUUCCAGGGUCACUUGUUUGCAAACAGUGCCCAGAUCAGGUAUUUUGCAAUCCUCCUUGUCUCUUUGUUUUGCCUGAUCCUAAAUUGAGAGCAUAACUCUUCUCCUAUAGUUCAAGAAGCAUUCCUGUCUGUUGCAUGUAAUAUUUAAUUAAACUUUUAAAGAAAGUCCA